GGUAGGGCUGCCAGAUCAGUUUGUCACCACCCAGGCUCCCUAGCCUUUGGCUGGGUGCAACUUCCAUUUUAGGUGUUGGAUCUGAGAGAAAAAAAAAAGAGAGAGAGAAAGAAGACCAGGAAAGAUCCUGAAAGGAGGAAGAGGUGGCCAAAAAUCAACUACCUUGCUGGAUUUGUCUUUCUCAGCACAUUGACGAAGCCUUGGGUUUCUUUCUUAAAGGACUGGUUUUUAGAAGUCCACAUUUGAGGUGUGUGCCUUUUUUUAAAAAAUGUGUGUACAGACGGGUAAAGGAGGAUAAGCCAAGUCGAAUUUUUGUGUUAUGCUCUCUUCUUCCUGCUUCCUCCUUGCUGUGGUGGCUGGGAUGCUUCUCCCAUGAUUUUUUGAAUCUAGACUGGGCUGUUCUCUGUGUUAAACCAAUCAAUUACGACCUUCUCUUAACAGUGUGAAGUGAGGGGGCCUUCUCCCUCCUUCCUCCUCCCUCUGUGAUCCACCUUCCUUUUUACCCUGCCCUGCGGCGGCUCCGCCCCUUACCUUCAUGGACGACUCAGAGGUGGAGUCGACCGCCAGCAUCUUGGCCUCUGUGAAGGAACAGGAGGCCCAGUUUGAGAAGCUGACCCGGGCGCUGGAGGAGGAACGGCGCCACGUCUCGGCGCAACUGGAACGCGUCCGGGUCUCACCACAAGAUGCCAACCCACUCAUGGCCAACGGCACCCUCACCCGCCGGCAUCAGAACGGUCGGUUUGUGGGCGAUGGUGACCUUGAGCGACAGAAAUUUUCAGAUCUGAAACUCAACGGACCCCAGGAUCACAGUCACCUUCUCUAUAGCACCAUUCCCAGGAUGCAGGAGCCAGGGCAGAUUGUGGAGACCUACACGGAGGAAGACCCUGAGGGAGCCAUGUCUGUUGUCUCCGUGGAGACCUCAGAUGAUGGAACCACUCGUCGCACAGAGACCACAGUCAAGAAAGUAGUGAAGACUGUGACAACACGGACAGUACAGCCAGUCCCUGUGGGACCAGAUGGGCUGCCUAUGGAUGCCUCUUCAGUUUCUAACAACUAUAUCCAGACUCUGGGUCGUGACUUCCGUAAGAAUGGCAAUGGGGGACCUGGUCCCUACGUGGGGCAGGCAGGCACUGCUACCCUUCCUAGGAACUUCCACUACCCUCCUGAUGGAUAUAGCCGCCACUAUGAAGAUGGUUAUCCAAGCAGCAGUGACAACUAUGGCAGUCUGUCCCGGGUGACCCGCAUUGAAGAGCGUUAUAGGCCCAGCAUGGAAGGUUAUCGGGCACCCAGUAGACAGGAUGUCUACGGGCCCCAGCCCCAGGUUCGGGUAGGUGGGAGCAGUGUGGAUCUGCAUCGCUUUCAUCCAGAGCCUUAUGGUCUAGAGGACGACCAGCGUAGCAUGGGCUACGAUGACCUGGAUUAUGGCAUGAUGUCUGAUUAUGGCACUGCCCGUCGAACUGGGACACCCUCUGACCCUCGCCGACGCCUCAGGAGCUAUGAAGACAUGAUUGGUGAGGAGGUGCCACCGGACCAGUACUAUUGGGCUCCUUUGGCCCAGCAUGAACGGGGAAGUUUAGCAAGCUUGGAUAGUCUGCGCAAGGGAGGGCCCCCACCCCCCAAUUGGAGACAGCCAGAGCUGCCAGAGGUGAUUGCCAUGCUAGGCUUCCGCUUGGAUGCGGUCAAGUCCAAUGCAGCUGCAUAUCUGCAGCAUUUGUGCUAUCGCAAUGACAAGGUGAAGACUGAUGUUCGGAAGCUCAAGGGCAUCCCAGUACUGGUGGGAUUGUUAGACCACCCCAAAAAGGAAGUGCACCUCGGAGCCUGUGGAGCGCUCAAGAAUAUCUCUUUCGGACGGGACCAGGAUAACAAGAUUGCCAUAAAGAACUGUGACGGUGUUCCUGCCCUUGUGCGAUUGCUCCGAAAGGCUCGCGAUCUGGACCUCACUGAAGUCAUUACUGGGACCCUGUGGAAUCUCUCAUCUCAUGACUCAAUCAAAAUGGAGAUUGUGGAUCAUGCACUGCAUGCCUUGACAGAUGAAGUGAUCAUUCCGCAUUCUGGUUGGGAGAGGGAACCUAAUGAAGAUUGUAAGCCACGCCAUAUUGAGUGGGAGUCAGUGCUCACCAACACAGCUGGCUGCCUUAGGAAUGUCAGCUCAGAGAGAAGCGAAGCUCGCCGGAAACUUCGGGAAUGUGAUGGUUUAGUAGAUGCCCUCAUUUUCAUUGUUCAGGCUGAGAUCGGGCAGAAGGAUUCAGACAGCAAGCUUGUGGAGAACUGUGUUUGCCUCCUUCGCAACUUGUCGUAUCAAGUUCACCGGGAGAUCCCACAGGCAGAGCGUUACCAAGAGGCACCUCCCAAUGUUGCCAACAGUACUGGGCCACAUGCUGCCAGUUGCUUUGGGGCCAAGAAGGGCAAAGAUGAGUGGUUCUCCAGAGGGAAGAAACCCACAGAAGAUCCAGCAAACGAUACAGUGGAUUUCCCUAAAAGAACUAGUCCUGCUCGAGGCUAUGAGCUUUUAUUUCAGCCAGAGGUGGUUCGGAUAUACAUCUCACUCCUCAAGGAGAGCAAGACUCCUGCCAUCCUAGAAGCCUCAGCUGGAGCUAUCCAGAACUUGUGUGCUGGGCGCUGGACGUAUGGUCGAUACAUCCGCUCUGCUCUGCGUCAAGAGAAGGCUCUUUCUGCCAUUGCUGACCUCUUGACCAGUGAACAUGAGCGGGUAGUGAAAGCCGCAUCUGGGGCACUGAGAAAUCUGGCUGUGGAUGCUCGCAACAAGGAAUUAAUUGGUAAACAUGCUAUUCCUAACUUGGUGAAGAAUCUGCCAGGAGGGCAACAGAGCUCUUCCCAGAAUUUCUCUGAGGACACCGUGGUCUCUAUUUUGAAUACCAUCAACGAGGUUAUUGCUGAGAACUUGGAGGCCGCCAAAAAGCUUCGAGAGACACAGGGUAUCGAGAAGCUGGUGUUGAUCAACAAAUCAGGGAACCGCUCAGAAAAAGAAGUUCGAGCAGCAGCACUUGUAUUACAGACGAUCUGGGGGUAUAAGGAACUACGGAAGCCACUGGAGAAAGAAGGAUGGAAGAAAUCAGACUUUCAGGUGAAUCUAAACAAUGCUUCUCGAAGCCAGAGCAGUCACUCAUAUGAUGAUAGCACACUCCCUCUCAUUGACCGGAACCAGAAGUCAGAUAAGAAACCUGAUCGGGAAGAAAUUCAGAUGAGCAAUAUGGGAUCAAACACAAAAUCAUUAGAUAACAACUACUCUACACUGAACGAGAGAGGGGACCACAAUAGAACACUGGAUCGAUCCGGGGAUCUAGGUGAAAUGGAGCCAUUGAAGGGAACACCCCUGAUGCCGGACGAGGGGCAGGAAUCUCUGGAGGAAGAGUUGGAUGUGUUGGUUUUGGAUGAGGAGGGGGACCAGGUGUCUUACCCCCCCAUGGUAUGUCCUCCAGCCACCCCCAAGAUCAUCACUGAGGAAGGAGGCCCCUGUGUGCCAGCAGUUUGCCAAUCACGCUGAUCUGAUCAGGCCAGAGACACAAGUCUCAGCCACAUGUGCUUGGGGCGCGAGUCUGUGAUUGUUACCUCCUCCGAGGCUGGGACAUGCUGCUGCUGCUAUGAUUCUCCAUUGUGUGCUACUUCCCUGCCUCCAGAUUUGUUCAACUGUCUUUGGGGC